AUUUAUUGUUCUUGACAUGGCGUCUUGAACGUUGUACAUUCUUUAUCGCAUAAUUAUUCCGACCUGAACUUGGAAGAUUAACGUGCUAAUGGACAAAGGUAUUUGAAGUACUCUUGAAAUGAGACUAUUUUUAAAUCUUCCCAUAACUUCGUUUAAACGUCUACCAUAUUUCAACGCCAAUCUAUCACAUUAUACUCCAUGCUGGAGAAAAAUGGCGACCGAAGUGGAAAAAGCACAAACUGCAGCUCCCACGGGAGAUACCAUUUUCGGAAAGAUACUUCGUAAAGAAAUACCUUGCAAUUUUAUUUACGAGGAUGAUCAGUGCGUUGCAUUUCAUGACAUUAACGCCCAAGCACCGGUGCAUUUCCUGGUGAUUCCACGAAAACCGAUACCGCAACUUUCGAGGGCCGAGGAUGGAGACGAAGCUUUGUUGGGUCAUUUAAUGAUAGUUGCUCGUAAACUGGCGAAGCAAGAAGGUCUCGAUCGUGGUUUUCGUUUAGUCAUCAACGACGGCCAGCAUGGUGCACAAUCGGUCUAUCAUUUGCAUCUACAUGUUCUUGGUGGUCGUCAAAUGCAAUGGCCUCCUGGUUAAGGAACUUUUUUCACUUAACAUAACGUUAUAUCCAACUGUAACUUACGAUUAUAAAAAAAUCUUUUGCCAAUAAUAAAACAUUGAGGAAAAUA